AUGGAGAAUCUGCAGAUUCAUUCGAGGAGCUACAUCGUGCGCUGGGUGCACGUCAACGAAGGCCACUCGAUCGGAUGGAGCGUUCAACCUCACAAGAAAAGCAUCAACUUUGGCAUCUUCAAACACCCUGGCACCAAGAAUGGGCUCGCUCCUGGGAUGCCCACGUCGUCCUCUGCGACUCUCGAACCCCCGCCGAGCUCCCACAGCAACGACGAACCCGUGAACGAUGGAAAGAAGAGAAGAGGAUCGGUAGCCAAGCAUGAGGCCAGCACCGUCAUGGAGAAGCUACAUAACAUUGGCUUGCGCUGUGUCGAGUGGGUUGGCAACUGCGAGGCGGAUCAGGUCAGAGUGGGCACUUACGAUGUCGCGCCUGGCCAGGGAGGCAUGUACGGCUUGGUCUUUGACAACACCUUCAGCAAGACUGUGUCCAAGACGGCGACUCUGGUCCUCAUGACACAUCCCACCAACGCACCACCGAAGUCCAGAGCCCAACUCAAAGCGCAACCGAGUACGCCGAAUCUCAAGUCUAGCCCACGUAUUGCGCCUUCGCCAGGAGCGUCUGUCGAGUCGCUGGGAAAAGAGCUGGAAGUCACACAAGCUGCAAAGGGGCAGAGGCAGUCGUUUCAUGGCUCGCUUGCGCCGCACGACAUUCACAGCGGCACUCUGGGCAAGCGACGCAGAAAGAAGGGUCAAGGCUAUGCUCGUCGAUUCUUCUCCCUCGACUUUACGUCAGGCACGCUGUCAUACUAUCGCAACAGUCAUGCUUCGGCCUUGCGUGGCGCUGUGCCUCUGUCGCUUGUUGCUGUUGGUGCAGAUUCCAAGACUCGCGAGUUCUCUGUCGAUUCUGGUGCUGAGGUCUGGCAUCUCAGAGCUAGCAACCAGAAAGAUUUCGAGGCGUGGAGGGAGGCUCUUGAACGUGCUUCUGCUACUGCCGUCUCCGGACCCUCGACUCCGGCUGUCUACAACCAAGGCAGGAGCCACUUCCCAGGUGCUUUAGAUGCCGUCACGUCGGUCGAGUGGGAGCGUGCCGAGGAAAUUGUCAGCAGGAUUUCUGGCUCACGCGACGCUUUGCGACGACUCGCCCAAGAUACUGAUGUCAAGACGUCACCUUCUAUCAGUGCCGCUUCCCCCAGUGCAUCAUCUGUCGAGUCUGGAGCAAACCCCUUCUUCUCGGAAGCCGACUCAGCUUCUGUCACCACCUCGUCCGAGAGACUACCUUUCUGGAAGCGCAAGCCCAGUUCUGCCAGCACCAAUGCCUCACCUGUCAACUUCAAACGCAAAACUUCAGGCCAACAGCUUGUAGUCCCUGACGCCUCUGUCUCACCCGUCACUUCUCCCACUCCCAAAUGCUCAAUCAAGCAACCUCAGACCGCCUCCAUCACUAUGCAAGAUACACACGAAAGAUGUCUGGCUCUUCUUCGCGAUCUGGACAGUGUGGUCAACGACUUCUCCGCUCUCCUUGCAGAGUCAAAAGCACGUCGCAUGCCCAUCAAUCCGAAUCUGCUCGCUCCCGCUGCCUCUCGCUUGUCCAUCGACUCGGUCUCGUCACAAGAAUUCUUCGAUGCCGAGGACGUUCCUUCUCAGCUCUUGUCCAUCAGGAGAUCAAGUGAAGCUUCAAGAGAAAGCAGCUCAGAAUUCCAGGAUAUUGCCUCCAAUGCUGGCGACUCGGAUACCAGUAGUGAUGCGGGAGAUACCACAAUCACCUCAAAUGACACGGCUGCAGCACCUGGCCAGACUUCUCUAUUCCCUGCUAAACCCACACCGUUAACCACGCCUCUGCCAAAGAUCACCUACCGCGCCACCAUCUCUCCACCUAAACAACCUCCUCCAUCUCUCAUUGGCUUCCUCAGAAAAAAUGCUGGAAAGGAUCUCAGCACAGUCAGCAUGCCUGUCACUGCAAACGAGCCACUAUCAGCCCUUCAGCGCCUCGCCGAGCCUUUCGAGUCUGUGGAUUUACUACACAAAGCCUCAGCUCUUCCCUCACCAGACAAUGCUCUCGAUCGUCUCGUCUAUGUAGCCGCCUUUGCCAUCUCAAACUUCGCCAGCAAUCGUGUCAAGGAGAGAGCCAUUCGCAAACCAUUCAAUCCUAUGCUUGGCGAAACCUACGAACUCAUCCGCUCAGAUCUUGGCUUCCGCUUCGUUUCCGAGAAGGUCUGCCAUCGCCCAGUCCGCAUGGCUUUCCAAGCAGACGCUCUUGACGCAGCAUGGUCAAUGUCUCAAUCUCAACAGCCUACUCAAAAGUUUUGGGGUAAGAGUGCUGAGCUGAAUACAGAAGGCAAGAUUAGACUUGUUCUGCACAAUGUGAAUGGCGAGAAAUUCUCUUGGACGCUGGCAACUUGUUUCCUCCGCAAUGUCAUUGCUGGUGAGAAGUAUGUCGAGCCUGUCGAGAGCAUGACUAUCAUCAACGAAACUACUGGAGCAAAAGCCGUCGCGACGUUCAAAGCCGGUGGUAUUUUCUCUGGUCGCAGUGAAGAAGUCACGACACAAUUCUAUGAUGCAUCAUCAUCUUCACCUCUUCGUCCUACACUCACAGGUAAAUGGACAGAAGGUCUUUCAAGAGCAGACACCGGCGAAGUGAUCUGGUCAGCCGGCCCUCUCGUCCCCAACGCCCCCAAAGUCUACGGCUACACCUCCUUCACAGCCUGCCUAAACCAGCUGGACGAUUCCGACAAGAAAGCAAUUUCACCCACAGACUCUCGUCUUCGCCCCGAUCAACGCGCUCUCGAAGACGGCAAAACAGAUGAAGCGGAAGCACUCAAGGCAAGACUUGAAGAAAGGCAAAGAGCUAGAAGAAAGGUAUUGGAAAGUCAUGGUGUGGAGUGGAAGCCCAGGUUCUUUGAACUUGCCAAGGGAGAUGAAGGAGAUGAAGAAGUUUGGCGCUUGAUGGGCGGCAAAAAUGGGUAUUGGGAGUGUAGAGACAAGGGGGAGUGGAAGGAUGUGGAGCCUGUCUUUGAGAUAUGA